GAAAAGAAAUGAGUAAGCUCUAGUCAAACCAUUGGGGCCCGCCCUAUAAAAGCUAGCAAAGACUACCUAAAAUACCAAGUCGACUACCGACAUUCAUUGAGAAAACACCUUUGCUUUUCGAGAAACAAACCAAGAAGCUAGUGUCACAAUGCCAUUCAUCGUGGUGCUCUUGACUUUGUUGGGCUUGAGCUUGGCCGCUCCCCAAGGUGAUGAGGACCCUCAGCCUAUGGUGGUCCCGGUCUAUGCUCCUGAGAUUCAAACCAAGAUCAUCGAGUUGUACGAGGUGUUGAAGGCCGAAUUGGAGGAAGGAGACGAUAUCACAAAUGUUAUUGAACCCAUGGAGCCUCAAAUCAACGAAAUCUCGCGGAAAAAGCGAAGUGCCGAAGCCAGUCCUUUCUUCUUCGGUCGUCUCUUUGGCUUUGGUCGACGACGUUAUGGAGGUUACGGACAUCGGCGCAGCUACGGACAUCGACGCAGUUAUGGACAUGGUUACAACCGAGGAUACCGACGAAGCUAUGGAAGACGUUACUAUCAUUAAAUGCUCAAGUGGAAAAUGGGAUGAUUCGAUUGAAAACGAAUAAAUAUGUACAUUGGCUAA